CAACUCGCAAUUCAUGGCUCGGAGAAGAAGUCAACAGUGAUCCCGAGCUAGGCGAGGCUGGGCUGGGCGACGGGGACGCUUUCGAAGGCGGCUCUAAACGAAGGGGGGGGGGGGGGCUGAACGAAGCCGAACCUUUCUCAUUCUUGUUUUAGCCUACUCGGCGUUUUCGUGUGCUGAGUGAAAUCUGACACAAGAGCCGUCUUUGUCGCUUUUUGGUUAGUUUAAUUUUUUUUUGUUAGCGAUGGCACAGUCCAAAUAAUUAGAAGAAAACCUCGACAGAACCGAGCUGACGAACGACCCACAAACCUGCUUCGUGGUUUCGGAAAAGGUGAUCGGAUCGGAACCAUGGCAGCUACUUUAUCGGCCGAGGAAGAACAGGCCACCAGACAGUUCCUGGAAGAAAUCAACAAGUGGACGAGUCAGCACGGAGUGUCGCCGCUGUCCCGGGAGUUGGCCGUCAAGUUCCUGAUGGCACGCAAGUUUGACGUCCACCGAGCCAUCGAGCUCUUCCACAGCUACAGGGAAACGCGUCUGAAAGAAGGAAUCGUCAGACUUCAGCCUCAGGAAGAACCUCUGCGUUCCGAGCUGCUCAGUGGAAAGUUCACAGUGCUGAGUGCGCGGGAUCCCUCGGGAGCCUCCAUCGCCUUGUACACGGCCAAACUUCACCACCCGACCAAGACGGGAAAUCAUGUUGUCUUGCAGGCACUAUUCUACCUACUGGAUCGCGCGGUGGAGAGCUUUGAGACCCAGAGGAAUGGCUUGGUGUUUAUAUACGACAUGGCUGGAUCCAACUACACAAACUUCGAGCUGGACCUGAGCAAAAAGAUCCUCAACUUGCUGAAGGGGGCGUUCCCAGCCCGUUUGAAGAAAGUGUUAAUCGUCGGCGCCCCAGUUUGGUUCCGGGUGCCCUACAACCUGCUCAGCCUGCUGCUGAAGGAGAAACUCAGAGAACGGGUGCAGAUGGUGAAGAUGGCCGAGCUGCGCCAGCACCUCCCCAAAGACUGCCUGCCUCAGCACCUGGGCGGCCUGCUUCCCCUGGACGCCUACAGCUGGAACCAGCAGCUUCUGGCCGGCCAGAACGGCCACAUAGACCCUGUGGACGAGCUGGUGGGGAUUCCCUUGGAGGACGCUUCCGUUCAUGUCCCGGGGCCCGAGUCCAUGCGGCCGCAGGAGCUGCUGACGCACCUCGGCAGGCUCCAGCGCUCCGGAAUCCACCUGGAGUACGAGGAGCUUCGGAAAGAGGCACCGCCCGGAACCUUCCACUGCGCGCAAGCAGUCUACAAUCUGGAGAGGAAUCGCUAUGGAGACGUACUGUGUCUGGAUCAAACAAGAGUUCGCCUCAAACCCAGAAGGAACGAGAGAUCGGACUACAUCAACGCAAGCUUCAUGGAUGGCUACAAACAGAAGAACGCAUACAUCGGUACUCAAGGCCCACUGGAUAAGACCUAUGGUGACUUCUGGAGAAUGGUUUGGGAACAAAAUGUGCUUGUUAUCGUCAUGACGACCAGGACGGAGGAGGGCAGUCGGAGGAAGUGCGGACAGUACUGGCCACUGGAGGACGGCGGGCAGGAGGUUUACGGCCACAUAGCGGUGGUGAAUCAAAGGGUGGACAGCCACACCCACUACAAACACACAACCCUCGAAUUGCACAACACUGAGACAUGUGAACAGAGGCAAGUGAGUCACUUCCAGUACCUCAGCUGGCCCGACUACGGCGUCCCCACAUCAGCGGUAACGCUCAUCGACUUCCUGGCAGCUGUGAAGAGACAGCAGAGGAAGAUGAUCGUGGCUUUGGGACCUCAGUGGACGGGCCACCCCCUGGGACCCCCCAUGGUGGUCCACUGUAGCGCGGGGAUCGGUAGAACAGGUACCUUCUGUGCGCUGGACAUCAGCCUGUCUCAGCUCCAAGACGUGGGCUCGCUAAACGUCUGCCAGACGGUGCGGCGCAUGAGAACACAAAGGGCCUUCAGUAUCCAAACCCCGGACCAGUACUACUUCUGCUACAACGCCAUUUUGGAGCACGCCCAAAGGCAAGGCCUGCUCCCGGCCAAUCAGUGAGCUCCUAUCCCGACCUGAACCCCCUGUCUCCACCUGAACCAAUUCUGCUGUUCGCCCCCCUAGACACGUGUAGUGUGACCAAUUACUUUUACUUCCUGGUGGCGGGCGGGCCCAUUUGUCAAGUAGGAUGAACGAGUGUGACGUUUGUCUCUGCGUGCUAUGUCCACCAAACAUGUGGCCAAGUGGGCACACUGCUGUAGUGACGACGGGCGGUUUGACACAGUUCCGACCAAGUAGGGACGGGGCUAGUAGAGUGCACUACUUAGCCGCUACCAGCAGAGGCGCUGUUGAUUCAAGCAGACCUCUGCUAUGGCACCCCUCUGACUUAUUCUGCUCAGUAGUUGAAACAGGAGUUCAGAACAUUCACAGAGCGAUCCCGUUUGAAAAAAAAAAUAAAAAUCAGGCAAGUUCUUUUUACAGAGCCCCUAAAAGGACAUGGGGGAAUUUUUUUUUUUUUCAUAAUCAUUUUUAUUUUUUUUAUUUUUUAGACAU